AUGGACGGCACUGACGACGCCUCCGUCGCCGCCGUAAGGAUCGGCACAGAGGCCAUGGUCGCCGUCGUUGCGUUCCUCUUCAUGGUCGUCGUCUUCGUCUUCUUCUUCUACCUCUACGCUCGCCGCCGCCUGCGUUCCGGAAGUGGCCGAUUUGUCUUUUCCAACACUGCUCCCGACAUCGGCAGACGCGGCCUUGACGCUGCCGCGCUCGCAGCCCUGCCCGCCACCGUGUACAGCUCGGCAGACUUCAAGGACCGCGGCGGGCUCGAGUGCGCGGUCUGCCUCACUGAGCUCGCCGACGGCGAGGCGGCCCGGGUGCUCCCCGCCUGCGGCCACGGUUUCCACCUCGAGUGCAUCGACAUGUGGUUCCACUCCCGCGCCACCUGCCCGCUCUGUCGCCGGCGAGUCGUCGUCGGCGAGCCCUCCUCCCCAAAAACAGAGCCUCCGAGUCCUCUUCCUCCGCCUCUGGAGGCUUCUGCCCGGGAACCGCUGGCGUUUCCGACGAACGUGUUGAUUUGGGGCGGCCGAGGCCAGGAAGGCUCUCUGGUGAUCGAGAUCCCAAGGAGAGCCGUCGGCGGAUCCGGGUCGCAAGUCUCGCCGUCGACGACGGCUUCGGCCGCAGAGGAGUCGAGGUCGCUGUUGUCGGUGAGGUUCCAGUCGCUAAGACGGCUCUGGAGCCAGGGGAGGAGGGCCGGCCCCUCUUCGACUGAGUUCCUCGACGUCGAGCAAGGACUCGCCGAGGGAAGCGCUCCGCUGCCCCAGACUCCAGCCGCGAAGCAAUAA